AUGCGUGAGGAAGAUGGCUCAUUUCCUCUGUUCUGUAAUGUUCAGGUCGCUGCUUUCCAGGAACAUCUGGAAUCUAUCAACGUAGGAUUCCCAGUCCUCAGUCGUCGGGUCGAACGGUGUGCUGCUAAGGUAGAAGCAGCUUGUGGGCAGCCUGUGAUAUCACGGAUUGUUGGAGGGCAAGCAGCUCUUGAGGGGACAUGGCCCUGGCAAGUCAGCAUUUUUCAAGCCAACAAACUCAUUUGUGGAGGUUCCCUCAUCAGCUCCAACUGGGUAAUAUCUGCCGCUCACUGCUUCAAUUUUCCUGAAGCAGCCUAUGAAAUACAGUUGGGUGCUUAUAAACUCCUGGACCCUUCUCCUAAUAUGGUGACAUUGGAUGUUAAACGUAUCAUCUCCCACCCUGACUACACGAAAGAGGCGGCCUCCAGUGGGGACAUUGCUUUAGUGGAGCUGAAUUCCCCAGUGACUUUCAACAACUAUAUCCUUCCCAUCUGCUUGCCAGCAUCUUCUGUGGAGUUUCCUGCAAAUACAAAGUGCUGGGUCACUGGAUGGGGACAGAUUGGGUCUUCAGUAAACUUGGCAUCACCCCAAAUCCUUCAGGAACUGGAAGUACCAAUCAUAGAUCGCAAGACCUGCAACAAUCUCUAUAACAUAAGCAAAAAAUAUCAGUUACAAACUGAUAUUGUCAAAGCUGAUAUGAUCUGUGCAGGGUACAAAGAAGGUGGAAAGGAUGCCUGCCAGGGAGAUUCUGGAGGACCCUUAGUUUGCAAAUCCAAUGGGGUGUGGACACUGGCUGGGGUGGUGAGUUGGGGGGAAGGCUGUGCUCAACCCAACCAACUUGGCAUCUAUACAUCAGUGCCUUUCUAUCUAGAUUGGAUCCAAAGCAAUAUAAAUAGUGGUGGACUUUCAAACUUCCCCAGGAUGACUCUUCUUUUGCUGAUUUUUACACCACUCUUCCUAUGA